AGCGACCGGCUUAUGCAUUCGAUGAAUCCACUGCUACAUUGUCUCAACCUGUUGGUCCUGCAGAACAUUUAAGAGCCAUAGUAAUAAAUAGGCCUACCGCUCAAAUGAUAUCAGUCUUUAGAUUACAAAAAACGCGAGAACAGAUGUCAGAAAAAGAAGUGACUGAUUUUGUCAUGAAUCCUGUUCCACAAGGUCAAAAGGUUCUUUGUAAAAUAAUUCGUAGUAAAGAUGGUUUCGGAAAGUUUUAUCCUCAAUAUGAACUUUAUAUCGAAGAUAUUUCAGAAAAUGGAGAAGAAACACGAACAUUUCUUCUUGCCGCUAGAAAAAGAAAAAAAAGUAAAAGUUCACAUUAUAUUAUAACCACAGAUAAACUUGAUGUAGCUGUAUCAUCAAAAAAUAUUGUAGGAAAAGUCAGAUCCAAUUUCUUGGGUACAGCUUUUGCUAUAUAUUCAAAGGGACGAAAUCCGUUUAAACGCGAAUCAGAAUCAUCAAAUUUACCUGUUCGAGAGGAAUUAGGAGCUGUUGUUUACGAUCCUAAUAUUCUUGGAUUUAAAGGUCCCAGAAAAAUGACCGUCUUAUUGAUAGGAAUGACGAGGAAUGGUGAAAGACCAGAAUUUAGGCCGGAAACAGAUGCACAAACAUUGAUUGGAAAGUUCAAAAAUGGAGAUCACAGAGAUAUUUUAGUAUUACAUAACAAAUCUCCACAAUGGAAUGAAGAAACACAAUCAUAUGUCUUGAAUUUUAAUGGAAGAGUUACUUUAGCUUCGGUGAAAAAUUUCCAGAUUGUACAUGAUAAUGAUCUGGAUUAUAUUAUAAUGCAGUUUGGGCGUGUUGAAGAAGAUACAUUUACAAUGGAUUUCAUGUAUCCAAUGUGUCCUCUCCAAGCUUUUGCUAUUGCUUUGACAAGUUUUGAUGCUAAAUUGGCUUGUGAAUAAUAUUUAAGAAUAUUGAACACAUUUUAGAAAUUGAAUUCAAAAUGAUAUUCAAUAUGAAUAUUGCUAAUAAGCACGUUAGGGAAAUAUUUAAUAUGGUUAAUAUGAAAAGAGAAUAAAUUGUAGAGUAAUUUAUUAUUAUAUUUGGAAUUUCAAUUAAUUCAAUUAAUUUAAAGCAAAAUCUAAUUAAAUUGACUAUGAUCGACUGAUUAUAAGAAUCCAUCUUGUGUAACUAGCAUAAUAAAAAUCCAUUAUCC